UACGGGCGGCGCUCGCUCCGGUUGGCGGGGAGCGGAGGCGGGAGUCGGAGCUUGCUGCCCCGGCGGGGCCGACAAUGACUUGCUACCGAGGCUUCCUGCUGGGUAGCUGUCGUCGCGUGGCAGGCGGCCGGGCGGCAGCGCUGACGGGGCCAGGCGCGGGAGGCCCCGCCGUGCGGCCGCGACACCUCGGGCAAGGACAGCAGCGCGAGCUGGCGGGCUGUGGCAGCCGCCCCGACGGCGGCUUUCAUCCGUCCCGGGUGGUGGUGGUGGCCAAAACCACCCGGUACGAAUUCGAACAGCAGCGGUACCGCUACGCGGAGCUUUCGGAAGAGGACAUGAAGCAGCUGCUUGCAUUGAAAGGCUCUAGCUACAGUGGAUUGCUUGAACGACAUUAUAUUCACACCAGAAAUGUGGAGCAUAUUGUAGAUAGUUUACGGAAUGAGGGAAUUGAAGUUCGUCUAGUAAAAAGGAGAGAAUAUGAUGAAGAGACUGUUCGAUGGGCAGAUGCUGUGAUAGCUGCAGGAGGUGAUGGCACAAUGCUUCUGGCAGCAAGUAAAGUCUUGGAUAGACUUAAACCAGUUAUUGGAGUAAACACUGACCCAGAAAGGUCUGAGGGUCAUUUAUGUCUGCCUGUCCGAUAUACACAUUCCUUCCCAGAAGCCUUGCGGAAGUUCUAUCAUGGGGAGUUCAGGUGGUUAUGGAGGCAGCGAAUCAGGUUAUAUCUCGAAGGGACUGGGAUAAAUCCUGUUCCUGUGGACCUUCAUGAACAGCAGCUAAGUUUGAAUCAACAUAGCAGAGCCUUCAACAUUGAACGUAUUCGUAAUGAAAGGUCUCUAGCUUCAGGACCUCAGCUUUUGCCAGUGAGAGCACUAAAUGAAGUCUUCAUUGGGGAGAGUCUGUCAUCCAGAAUGUCUUAUUCUUGGGCUGUAGCAGUGGACAAUUUAAGAAGAAGUAUACCCACUCUAAAGGGACUGGCUUCCUACUAUGAGAUUUCAGUUGAUGAUGGUCCGUGGGAAAAACAGAAGAGUUCGGGACUCAAUUUGUGUACUGGAACAGGAUCAAAGGCCUGGUCAUUCAAUAUUAACAGGGUUGCUACUCAGGCUGUGGAAGAUAUUUUAAAUAUUGCAAAAAAACAAGGAAGUUUGUGUUUUCCAUUGAACAGAGAAUUGGUAGAGAAAGUAACAAAUGAGUAUAAUGAAUCACUGCUCUACAGUCCAGAGGAACCAAAAAUACUUUUCAGUAUUCGAGAACCAAUAGCAAAUAGAGUUUUCUCAAGCAGUCGUCAGCGUUGUUUCUCCUCAAAGGUUUGUGUUCGUUCUCGUUGUUGGGAUGCCUGUAUGGUUGUGGAUGGAGGAACUUCUUUUGAGUUUAAUGAUGGAGCAAUUGCUUCAAUGAUGAUCAAUAAAGAAGACGAACUUCAAACUGUGCUACUAGAACAGUGAAGGAUUUUCUCAGAUGACAAAUUUUGAUUACUGUUGAAUUUUUUUACUGCGGAAACAGACUACUGGUUAUAAGCUACAUUAUUUUUGGUUAUUGUUGAGAAUGGUUGCCCCUGGCUGAAAGGUGACAAAGAAAGUGAAAUUUGCAUUAUUCUUCUGUUGGAUGUGAUGGAAAAGAUGCGCACUAAGAAAAUAGAUGGACAAAACUGAUUGGAAUUGAUACUAGUGAAAUUUCUAUAGUGCUUACAGUUGGGAACCAAGAGUGCUAAUGUCUUUUUAAAUUUAGAGAAGUAAUAAAGGACUUAAUGUUUAGGAUUGGAAAUUUAACUGUACAGGUGUUUUUUCCUUCUCCUUUUUCCUAGGUUUGUGAAAUUGAUCAGAUCAAACACAUAUCCUUUGAUUAGUGCAUAUUUUUUAUAGUACCUUAAAAAUCAAAAAUUUUUUAAAAUUUUGAUAUUGGUGGGGAAUUUUAAUAAAUCCUGACAUUGACCUAAUUGAAAUAGGUAAAUGCACUUUUAAAUGUGCUAAGAAUUUUCUAAUUUCAGAACAAAAUGACAUUGUUUUGACUAUCAAUUGAAAAAUGUCAGUCACUUUCGAAGUUAUUUACAGAUCAGUGUUUUCAUUUAGUUGACCUUAAUUCAUAUUAACUUCAGCAAUGCUGGGUGAAAUGCAUAUAGCUGGGCAAAAUCAUGAUGCUGUUAGAAAUGUAUUAAUUACCCAGUAGCCAUUUUAGGCCAUAGGUAUUGAUUUGUUUCUCCUUUCUUUUCUUUUUUUGGGUGAUUUGAGUUUAAUAGGUUUCUUCCAUCUUUAAAAUUCACUAACAUGGAUUAAAAGAUGAAAAGAAUAAGCUGGUUAGACAUCUUGUAUUAGGAGUUUGGCAAAACUUAAGAUAUUUUCAUCUAGUGUUAGGAAUAUUGUCAGAAACAAAAUGGAUUCUUUAAUAAGUAUGUAAAAUACUCACAUUUGUUUCGGGAUUGCCUUAACUGAUAUUGUGGUUUCACUUAGCUCAUAUUCCAAGUUUCACACAUCAGCAUUGGAGGAUACAAUGUUAUGGCUUUUUUUCUUUUCCCAUUAUAAUUAGAGAAUUCCUUUAUUUUUGGAGGAAAUUACUUUCAUCUAAUUUUUGAUCUACUUAAGUAAUCCUAGAAUUGACACUAAAAGUUCCUAUUGCUGCAUAAUGAAAUACUUGAUAUUCUCAUGCCAUUUAUUCACAGUUUUAUCUUUUUUUUCCCACUUGCUGGUGAAAGUUUUUCAGUCAUUGACAAGUAUUUAACACCCACUCUGUGCUAUGUACUAUGCCAGGUGCUGGAUAUGCAUUGAUGAAUGAAACACGUUAUUUUUCUAGAACUUGAGUAUAGUGAGCUCAGAAGUAAAUUCUGUGAAAGCUAGGGUGUAUAUUCAAAUUGAGUGCACUUAAUUUUGCCAACAUUUAACUUGCUGUUCUUAUCAUAUUUUUAAUAUAAAUGUUAGUAUAGGCUCCUGGGUGGUACAAACAGUUAAGCAGUCGACUGCUAACAAGAAGGUUGGCGGUUUGAACUCGCCCAGAGAAUUCUCAGAAGACAGGCAUAACGGUCUGCGUCUGAAAGGUCACAGCCUUAAUAACCCUAUGGCAGUUCUACUCUGCACACACUGGGUUGCUGUGAGUCGAAUUGACUCAAUGGCAACUAACAACAACAACAUACAAAGAUAAUCCAGAUUUUGAUGUAUACCCAGAAGAAUCUGUUCUUAGUUCAAAGUAUCUGCAAAGACACUCAUAACAAAGAGUUUAUAUAAUGUAUCAGGUAGAAAAACAAUAAAAAUCAGUGUUUUCCCAGAGCUGGAGCUAGUUUCUGGUUUUAUUUUAAAAUGAUAUGCUUAAGAUACCACUUAAUAAACAAGAGAAAUUCCACAAUAUAGAAACUCCCCUGAAAACCAAACCAAACGAAACCCAUUGCCACUGAGUCAGUUCUGACUCAUAGUGACCCUGUAGGACAGAGUAGAACUGCCCCAUAGGGUUUCCAAGGAGUGGCUGGUAGAUUCAAACUGCCAACCUUUUGGUUAGCAGCCAAACACUUAACCGUUGUCCCACCAGCGCUUAGAAACUCCCCUAAACACACAC